AUGCCUCAUCCUACAGAAUCUUCUGAAUCAUUGAAACGACCCAGUAAUAUCUCAAUAACUUUAACAGACAGUUUCAAUCAAUCGAAAGCUACUAUCAUUGUUUGGAUUAUACGUCUUGUACUUUUCAUCGUAUUGUUAUUAUUUAUUAUGCCUAUAGCAUUAGUUUUAACACCGUGGUGGAUUUUUAUGCAACCUUGUAAAAAAGCAUGUCCAAAUAUUAUGAAUGGCUAUUAUCGUAUUGUUACAUGGCCAUUAAAACUGAGUAAAAAUAUUCGAUUUUAUAGAAAAUAUUAUAGGUUUAUUGAACAACUAAAAUAUUGA